UUUCUAAUGUCCUUGUCUAGAAGAAACGUGCUAUUCAUCCUCCGCUUUAUUUUCAACUUUGGUGACAAGAUUAGUUUUAACUGACUUUAGUUAUAUCAUUUCGUCGAAGCAAUUUAUAUACGAAAUAAGCCAAAACAUGUUUACAAGAAAACUGGCUUAAUUUAAGGUGUUAAUGCAUUAGAUUAUGGAUGACGAACUAGAAGACAAGAUUUUAUAUCAGACAUAUGUAUCAUACAUGAAGCUAGUGUCAAAGUUUGCAGUGGGUAUUCCCACAGGAUUAAAUGCUGGCAUAAAUUCUCCUUUGGGCUAUUUUUGGAGAAUCAUGAGAGUCUAUGCAUUGAAGCCAGAAGUAUUAAUUUGUGGUGCAGUUUUGGCAAUAAUUCUAUUUUAUAUACAAGCUGUUGAUAUAUGGAGCCGAUCAUUACUAGGAAAAAUCCAAUAUACACUUGGUCGUACUACAUCAAAAGUAUCAAAACUACCAUUUUUAGUUAAUGAUUCUGUAAAUAAUGGGGUGAAGCUUAGUUGGGAAUUAAAACAAGGAUACAUUGCUGCAUAUGCUGUUCAAGGUCAUAGAGCUCGUAUGGAAGAUCGUUUUGUUGUAAAUCAAGAUAUGAACAAUACAGGUGUAUCUUUAUUUGCAAUAUUUGAUGGACAUGGUGGAGAAUUUGCAGCAAAUUAUGCACGUGAUAAACUUAUUCCAAACAUUAAUAAAAAAGUGAUUGAAUUAAAAGAUAUGAUAGCUGGUAAAGCAACGCACAUAUCAGAAAACAUAAAGGAAAAUGAAGAAACAGAGAAGAAAGAGGAAAAAAGUAAUGAAGAUCACCUUGAACGCAAAAAAUCUUUUCGUAAAACUGUAAGCACAUCUUUAACAGAUGAUUGUAUGAAAAAAAAUGUUGGUGUAACUGAUCCAGAAUUGCUUGAUAAAUUGGAUAGCUUGUCAAGGCCAAUAACAAGAGAGGUAAGACCAUGUAGAACAGUGGAAAAGCCACCAAAAGUAGAUAUUACAAAUUACUUGGAUGGAAAUAAAAUAAACUAUGGUAAAUUACUAACUGACGAAGUAUUAGCCGUAGAUAGAUUAUUAGUUGAGGCUGCUAAGAAAAAUAUGGAUAUAGCUGGUACAACUGCUUUAAUUGCUCUCUUAGAAGACAAUAAAUUGAUUGUAGCAAAUGUUGGAGAUUCAAGAGGUGUAAUGUGUGAUGGAAAAGGAAAUGCCAUACCUUUAUCCUUUGACCAUAAACCGCAACAAGAAAGAGAAAGGAGGAGAAUUAAUAAAGCUGGUGGUUUAGUAACAUUUAAUGGUGUAUGGAGAGUAGCUGGUAUAUUAGCAACUUCUCGAGCUUUGGGCGAUUAUCCAUUAAAAGAUAAAAAAUUAGUGAUUGCUGAUCCUGAUAUUUUAACUUUUGAUCUAAGUGACCAUAAUCCAAUGUUUAUCGUACUGGCGUCAGACGGUUUAUGGGAUACUUUUACAAAUGAAGAGGCUGUCGCGUUUAUUAAGGAACGUAUAAACGAACCACAUUUUGGUGCAAAAAGUAUCACAUUACAAAGUUAUUACAGGGGUUCUGCAGAUAAUAUAACUGUAGUUGUAAUUAAUUUGAAGGAUCGUAAAUACAGCAUAUCAGAGAUCAAAUAGAAUCAAUAAUCUUUUAAUUAUACAACGAAUUUAUGUUUUUUCCAAAGAUGUUCUAGAUUUAUUAAUUACUCAUUAUCGAAUAGUAAGUGUAAAUUUGGGGAAAAAAGUAUGUACUCUCAUUUGUGUAAUACAGAAAUAUGAUGUUUCAGUCUUUAUUAAAAUGUUUCUCUUUUUAUAAAGUCAA